AUGCCGUGCCGGCCGAGCCGCCCUCGCCCCUACUCCGACCGCCGUGCCGGCACAACAUUCUCCGGCGCCUCAUCCCCAGCGCGGCCCUGCCCCCGCCGCCCCGACCUCGUCGUCCUCGGCACCCUGACGCCCUGCCCCGGCCCCGUGCGCAUGCCGCCACAACCUCGUCUCCAGCGCGGCGCCCCCCGACGCCGCCCUGCACCGGCCCCGUGCGCCGCCGCCCCCGCCCCCGCGGCCGCGCGUGGAUCCCCGGCCAGCCCUCGCCUGCGUGCACUGCCGCGGGUCCCUGUCGACCUCCCCGGCCCGGCACGCUGUGCCAGCCGCGCAGCCCUCGCGAGACCCCAGGCCGCCGCGCCGGUGCGACCUCCGCCUCGUCCCUGA